AACGUAUUACAGGCUACCCACUUACCUUUAGCUCAAAAAAAAAAAAAGGGUUACAAGCUACCCUAUCAAAAAAUAAGAAAGAAGUUACAGGCUAUCAUGGCGAUGUCUUCUCAUACAUACGAUGUUUUUUUGAGCUUUAGAGGGGAAGAUACUCGUAAAACUUUUACGAGUCAUUUAUAUAACAGUUUGAAGAAAAUGAAGAUUCGCACUUUCAUGGAUGAGAGGGAGCUAAAGAAGGGGAAAGAAAUUCAUCCAACACUUGCUAAAGCCAUUGAAGAGUCAAGAGUCUCAAUUGUUGUCAUCUCAAAAAAUUAUGCAUUUUCUGCAUGGUGCUUGAAUGAACUUAAAAAAAUUGUUGAGUGUAAGAAUACAAAGGAUCAUGUUAUUAAACCCAUAUUUUUUGAGGUGACUCCAUCUGAAGUACGAGACCAAAAGGCGAUGAUUGGAGAAGCAUUGGCUAAACACAAACAAAAUUUCAGCAUGGAAAAGGUGCAAGAAUGGAGGAAAGCUCUCCACCAAGUUGCCAAUUUGGCAGGAUGGACUACAACGGAUAGGAAUCAAUCUGAUCUGAUCGAAGAAAUUGUUAAACAUAUUAACAUUCAAGUAAAGCGUGUACCGGUCAUAUCAAUUCCUGAACACCUAGUUGGAAUUGAUGCUCACCUCAGCAAGAUUGAAUCGCAUUUGGAUAUCGAAAAUACAAAUGAGGUUCGCAUGUUAGGGAUCUAUGGACCUCAAGGAGUAGGGAAGUCAACGCUUGCCAAAGUUUUUUAUUACAAGCAUUUUUCUGAAUUUGAAUGUUGGAGCUUUGUAGAGUGCAUCAGCGAAAGGAUCAAAGGAAAAUAUGACAUAGUUGAAGUACAAAAAGCUCUUCUUUCUGAAAUCUUGGGAGAUUCGAGUUUGUUUGCAUGUUACAACCGGGAGGAAGGAGCUAAAAUGAUAGAGGAUGUGCUUUCAUCUAAAAGGGUUCUUUUAGUCCUUGAUGAUGUGGAUGAUAUACAGCAGUUAGAAAAACUAGCAGGGGGAUUUCAUUGGUUUGGUCCUGGAAGCAGAAUCAUUAUAACAACACAGAAAGCAAAAUUGCUACAUAAUUAUAAAGUGCAUUUUACCUAUGAGAUGAAGGGGAUGAAUCCAGCUGAAGCUGUUCGGCUCUUUAGCUGGCAUGCUUUUAAAAGAAAUGAGCCUGAAGAUCAAUGUAGCAGGGAACUUACAAACGCUAUUGUAACUUACACUAAAGGAAUUCCAUCAGUUCUGGUAAAAUUGGGAACUGAUUUGUUUUCUGAAAGAAUGAGUUAUCGACAAAGUGAAGUAGAUGGGGAAAAUAAACAGGUAGGACUAAAAUGCACCCCAGCACAGAACAUGCCAAAAGAAAUGUUCAAGCAGGGACGGGAGUGUAAUGUUGAAACAAGAAGACUGGGAACAUCAUCGGAACAAAUUUUGAGAGAACAUAUGGAACCUCUGGACAUGAAUGUACAAGAAGAGUGCUUUGAGGUAGAGAGGGAAGAUGAUGACUUUAAGCACAAGCAAUUAGAGACCGAAGAGGUGUACGAGGAGGAAAGUGAAGACCUGGUGACCUUUCCUGGAUCCAUGGCCUUAUUGUUUCAAGCCUCCGCUCUUAUAAUUAGUGUUUCAUUGAUUUUUUAUUUUAGGCAAAACAACUGUAUAUUGUUUCAAGCCUCCGCUUUUAUAAUUAGUGUUUCAUUGAUUUUGAUUUUUUAUUUUAGGCAAAACAACUGUAUUUAA